AGCGGCAAUUCAAAAGUUUUAUUUUUAUUUUGAGGAGUGCAAUUCAAAAGCUUUAUCUGUUGUUGCCACAAAAAAUAAAUACAAAUACAUAAAUGAAAAAUGAUGGGUUGUUAAGUAAAAUUAACAAUAUUAAUAGCAUUUUAAGGACUAAAAUGCAACAUUUUCACCUGCUCCUUUUUUUUUGUGCAUAGUGACCAUAAACAAGGUUAGGAACAACCGAUCAAGCUGUCACUGUCGGUUUAGCAAAUAUCAUAGCAGCUAACCUUAUAUAAAUGCUGCGAUAACUUCCCCUUCUACUUCUAGGGCAUUCCAUUACAGAUUCCACUCUCUUAUUCUCUCUUAUCUGUGAAUUAUUAUUUCAUUUGCUGGAUAUGGCGGAGGCUUCUGCAGCUGCUGUUGCUCCCAACGCUGAGUUGUUAGAAUGGCCGAAGAAAGAUAAGCGCCGAAUGCUUCAUGCUGUUUAUCGUGUGGGUGAUCUUGAGCGCACUAUCAAGUUCUAUACUGAAGCUUUUGGAAUGAAGUUGUUGAGGCAAAGAGAUAUUCCAGAGGAGAAAUACUCGAAUGCCUUUCUUGGCUUUGGCCCUGAAGAAUCAAACUUUGCUGUGGAAUUAACUUACAAUUAUGGGGUGUCUUCAUAUGAUAUUGGAACUGGAUUUGGACAUUUUGCUAUAGCAACUCCGGAUGUUUACAAACUGGUUGAACAUGUUAAGGCCAAGGGUGGCAUUGUCACCCGGGAGCCAGGCCCUGUUAAAGGUGGAAAGACUGUCAUUGCAUUUGUGAAGGACCCUGAUGGUUAUAUUUUUGAGCUUAUUCAACGGGAGUCAACCCCUGAGCCAUUUUGUCAAGUUAUGCUUCGUGUUGGUGACUUGGAACGUGCCGUCAAGUUUUAUGAAAAGGCUUUGGGUAUGCGUGUUGUAAAAAGGGUUGAUAGGCCAGAGUACAAGUACUCCAUUGCCAUGAUGGGGUAUGAAGAAGAGGAGAAGACAACUGUUGUGGAGUUGACUUAUAAUUAUGGUGUGACUGAAUACACAAAGGGAAAUGCAUAUGCACAGAUCGCUAUUGGUACAGAUGAUGUAUACAAGAGUGCUGAGGUUGUGAACACUGUUAUACAAGAGCUUGGAGGAAAGAUUACCCGACAACCAGGACCAAUUCCUGGGCUCAACACCAAGAUUACCUCUUUUCUGGACCCAGAUGGCUGGAAGACUGUUUUGGUUGACAAUAAAGAUUUUCUCAAGGAACUCCAUGGGUAACUGCCAAGCUCGGUAGCAAUAAGGACGAGGCAUCUUCACCUUUGAAUAAGUGAGUGCAUUUGGGAGGGCAACCAGUGUCGACUGUUUUAAUAUGGUUGCCUCUAUGUUACUCUGCCUCCUUCCUUUUCAUGAUGUGUAUCAACUAAAAUGUCAAAUGGAUCCAAUGGAAGUAUUUGAUGUUUGAGUGUAAUUAAUGUAGUUGCGUUGCCUAUGCUUUUGUUGAAA